UUCCCGGUCGGUCGGAGCCCCAACGGUCGACAUCACCGCUAUCCCACCUCUUUCUACAAGGUUUGUUAGACUCGCGCUCUUCUUGUCUUUGUGAUCUUACAGCCGCAGCCGUCAGCUGUGUGUGCGUUUACUAAAGAUGACGACCAUGGAUUUGCGUGUCGGUAACAAAUACCGCAUUGGCCGCAAGAUCGGAAGCGGUAGCUUCGGUGACAUCUAUCUAGGAACUAACAUUAUCUCCGGCGAGGAGAUUGCCAUCAAGCUCGAGAGUGUCAAGGCUAAGCACCCCCAACUUGAGUAUGAGGCUCGUGUUUACAAGUCUCUUGCUGGUGGUGUUGGCAUCCCCUUCGUCCGUUGGUUCGGUACUGAAUGCGACUAUAAUGCUAUGGUUAUCGACCUUUUGGGUCCUAGUUUGGAGGACCUUUUCAACUUCUGCAACCGCAAGUUCUCGCUCAAAACCGUACUUCUCCUGGCUGAUCAACUCAUCUCCCGCAUCGAGUAUAUUCAUGCCAAGUCUUUCAUUCACCGUGACAUUAAGCCCGACAACUUCCUGAUGGGCAUUGGUAAGCGUGGAAACCAAGUCAAUGUGAUCGAUUUCGGUUUGGCCAAGAAGUAUCGGGACCCUAAGACACACUUUCACAUCCCUUACCGCGAGAACAAGAACCUUACCGGAACUGCCCGUUACGCCAGUAUCAACACUCACUUGGGCGUUGAACAGUCUCGCCGUGAUGACAUGGAGUCUCUGGGAUAUGUCAUGCUCUACUUCUGCCGGGGCACGCUCCCUUGGCAGGGACUUAAGGCUGCCACGAAGAAGCAGAAGUAUGACCGCAUCAUGGAGAAGAAGAUGACCACGCCCACUGAGGUCCUUUGCCGUGGAUUCCCCAACGAAUUCUCGAUCUACUUGAACUACACCCGCUCCCUGCGUUUCGAUGACAAGCCCGAUUACUCGUACCUCCGCAAGAUCUUCCGUGACCUUUUCGUCCGCGAGUCUUUCCAGUACGACUACGUUUUCGACUGGACCGUCUACAAGUACCAGAAGAAUGCCGCGAUGAUUGUGGAUGCCAGCAACAAGAAGGAUAAGGAAGCGGAGGAACAGCAGCGCCGCCAAGGCGUGGCAGCUGCUGCACCGAUGGGCACCCCUGGUGCUGCUGCUAAGCCUGGUGCUAUCUCAAGCCAGCGCCGCAAGGUCAUCGAACGUGGAACUCUCGACAACACCCCCGACACCAACCGUGCUGUGGGAGGGAGUGACAGGAUGCUGCGUUCUGCUUCCAAGGUUGCUGCUUCAGGUGCUUAUGGCCCUACCGGUAGCCGCUCGAAGCGGGACGAUGGAUACGGUGCUCAGUGGUACUAAUUCUCCAACAUGGCAGAACUCAAGAGCAUCGUGAUGCUGGUAACCUUCUGCCACCUGCAGCAAAUCUUCCGACUUCUUUCGCCUUGGGUCUCCAUUUUUUCCUUUUUUAUUUUACUUCAUUGCAUUCUCUGU